AUGCAAAAUACCCGUUAGAGAAAGGAAAAGAUCACUAAAUUUUGGAGAGUCAGAGAUCAUUUUGCAUUUCGCGGAAUUACUUUGAACACGGCAUUAUUAAGAUGUCGCGUCGCUAGCAAAAGCAACUGACAGCUUCUCGUUAUUAAAGGCGCGGUAUCUCAUCGCCCAUGAAGUAUUGACGCGUAUACUCUAACCACUGUCUCUAGCUUGCCAGACAAUUUUCACGGCGCUCUUUCGAAAGUUUUUUCUCUCGGUUUUCUUUUGAUUGAAGUCGAAUGGUAUACUCGAUUUCUUUAUUUUUUUUUUAUAAAGAAGAACUAAUUGAUAAGGAUCAAGAGAUAGAAAGAAAUUUAACCUUUGUCGUUAAAGUUUCGCUGGGAAGGACAAUAAAACAAAUAAAUUUCGCAACAACGAUAUUUCGCAAUCUUUCCGUUUAUCGCAAAACAGACAAUAAUUUCGAAAUCGAUUCGGGUAUUCUUUCAGAGGUUGCACGCAGUUGAAAAGUGAGCACAACAGAGGCAGUUUUGAGUUCUAAAGGUUUUCAAAAAGUAUUGAGACUUUCAAAAUUUCUCAAUUAUUUAAAGAUGGCUCUGGUCGGAGUCGACUUCCGAGCGCCUCUCCGCGAUGUGAAACGCGUCCAGUUUGGUAUCCUCAGUCCCGAUGAAAUCGUGAGCCGAUUUUUCGAGGAAAUUUGAUAUAAUCAAAUUUUUCAGAAACGCAUGUCAGUGGCGCAUGUUGAAUUCCCAGAGAUUUACGAAAAUGGAAAGCCCAAACUUGGAGGCUUGAUGGACCCCCGUCAAGGUGUAAUUGAUCGCAGAGGAAGGUUCAGGCCAAUCUGGAGAGCUAAGAAUUAAUCUGUUGAUUUAAAGAUGUAUGACAUGCGCAGGAAAUCUUUCCGAUUGUCCAGGUCAUUUUGGCCACUUGGAGCUUGCCAAGCCCGUUUUUCACAUUGGAUUCUUAACAAAGACUUUGAAAGUACCUAUCUAUUUUUGUAUCGACAAUAUUUAUUAUAUUCUAGGUUCUCCGAUGCGUUUGUUUCUAUUGUGGUCGACUUCUUAUUGACAAAGACAAUGCUCGAGUCAGAGACGUGUUGAAGAAAACCAAUGGUAUCAAAUCGGAAAUGAAGAAAUAAUAAUUGAAGUAUAAAAUUUCAGGAAAUCCUCGAAGAAGGCUCACGCUUAUCUAUGAUAUGUGUAAGAGUAAAAGCGUUUGCGAAGGUGGAAAUGAGAAAGACGAACAGCAAGACGAUGUACUUUCUGUCGAUUUUGAUUCAUUAAUAUUUCCUUUUUAAGGAUGAUGACCCGAUGGCCGAGGGGAAAAAGGUUCCCGGCGGUUGUGGAAGAUAUCAGCCUUCCUAUAGAAGAGUUGGUAUUGAUAUCAACGCAGAGUGGAAGAAACAUGUCAAUGAAGACACCCAGGUUCGUUUUCACAUAAGUUCAGAUUUCUUAGUUAUCGUGUUCACAUUAGUUCAGAUUUCUUUGUUAUCUUCAUUUUUGAAUUUCGCAAAUUUUUUUGGAAACCGGCGAAAAAAAAAAGUUUGUUUUUGAAUUUCGAGAAAACCAGUUUUCUAAAAAUAGUUUUCUGAAGAGAACUAUAAAAACAAAGUUUAAUAUGAAAACCCAUUUUUUUUUAAAUAACUAAUUUUUUUAAUUUUAUUAUUUUUUUCGUUAGGUUCACUGUAUACUUUGAAAAAAAUUCACUAUUUACUCAUUUAGGAAAGAAAAAUCGUUCUGACGGCCGAGCGGGUUCUCGAAAUUUUCAAGCAGAUUACUGAUGAAGACUGUGUUGUUAUUGGUAUCACGAGACUUCAGAGAAUAGUCUUGUAUUUAUAAUGUUAUAGGAAUGAACCCGGCAUUUGCGCGACCUGAUUGGAUGAUUUGCACAGUUUUGCCGGUUCCUCCACUCGCCGUUCGACCGGCCGUCGUCACCUUUGGUUCGGCCAGAAACCAGGACGAUUUGACGCACAAAUUGUCGGAUAUCAUCAAAACCAAUAUCCAAUUGCAAAGGUAAAAGUUGAACCGAUUUUUCAGUUUUUUUCAGAAAAGGAUCGAAUUUUUUGAUUGGAGGCUAGUGAAGUUUCAGGGCACUUUUAGAAGAGACUUUCCGAAACUAAGAUUAUAUUUUUGUUCCUCUGAGAACGCAAGAUAAAAACAUGGUAUUUUUCUUCAGAAACGAAGCCAAUGGUGCUGCAGCUCACGUUUUAUCCGACGACGUUCGACUUCUUCAGUACCAUGUCGCCACGCUUGUUGAUAACUGUAUCCCUGGAUUGCCUACGGUUUUUGACGAUUGCAGAAAAGUAGUUGAAUAUUAUUUAUUUUUAGGCGACCCAAAAAGGCGGAAGGCCCUUGAAAUCGAUCAAACAGCGCCUGAAGGGUAAAGAAGGACGUAUUCGAGGAAAUUUGAUGGGUAAGUAUUAAUUUUAAAACUUCAAUUUAAAUUUUCCUUUUUUCCUCCACGUCAGAAUAAAAUGUAUACGACUUUGGCUGAUAACUUAUUAAGAGAGUUUUUUUUUUCCCCGAUGGGUUUUGGUUCCAAUCCUUCAGUUUUGAUAUCGUCCAGAAUUAAAAAAAGCGGUAUAAGUUGAUGUUACCGGUUCUCCUCUUCAAAUGUUUUUUUGGCUUAACUUUUUUUCAGAUUUUUUUCAUUAACUUUUUUUCAAUUUUUCUUUCAAUUUUUUUCAACAGUUGAGUUUUUUUAUCGAAAAAAAUGGAUUUUUUUAUGAUUUUUUUCCCCCACUGUUCUUCUCUUCACAAGAAUUCAUAGUUAGUCUAGCCAAGAGCUACUAAAAAAUGAACAAAAACCCUCACAACUCCAAAAAUCGCCUUCCAGGAAAACGUGUGGAUUUCUCGGCAAGAACCGUCAUCACAGCCGAUCCGAACCUUCCCAUUGACACUGUUGGCGUGCCGAGAACAAUCGCCCAAAAUCUCACUUUUCCUGAAAUUGUGACCCCGUUCAACGUCGACAAACUGCAAGAUCUCGUCAAUCGAGGCGACACUGUCUAUCCUGGCGCCAAGUAUAUCAUUCGAGAGAAUGGAGCUCGUGUCGAUUUGCGGUACCAUCCCAGAGCCGCCGAUCUUCAUCUUCAGCCUGGAUAUCGGUGAGGAUUUCGAAGAACCAUUUCUGAUUUGUUUCCGGUAAAAGAAUCUUCCAGGUUUUCUGUUUGUUCAAGUUUAUUUCUACAAAUUAGAGGGGAAAUUUUGAAAAUUUUCAUUCCAUUUUCACUAUUACUAAUUCUUCACUUUUACUUCGUAAAUAUCUAAUUCGAAGUUGAUUUUAUCAUGGAUUUCGCUCGUUUCUGCAUCUUUUGAGCGUGCAGCUAAUAUUAUUGAAUGUCUAUGUAAAAAAUAAAAAAAUAACGUUGUUCAAGGGAAAGGCUUUGUUUCUAGGGUCGAACGGCACAUGAAAGACGGCGACAUCAUCGUUUUCAACCGACAGCCGACCCUCCACAAAAUGUCCAUGAUGGGCCAUCGUGUCAAGGUUUUCAUUCAAACGAAAAAUAUAAUAGUGAAAAUCUCUGAAGAUUCUCCCCUGGUCAACGUUCCGAAUGAACUUGUCCGUGACGACCCCGUACAACGCCGAUUUCGACGGUGACGAAAUGAAUCUCCAUUUGCCGCAAUCCCUGGAAACGAGGGCCGAAAUCGAGGAAAUCGCUAUGGUUCCUAGGUGCUUUUUUGAAGUGAUUCGUUUUUUUCGGGAUUUCUUGAGAUACAAAAAUCCAAUAUCAUUUUUAGACAACUGAUCACUCCCCAGGCCAACAAACCUGUGAUGGGUAUCGUGCAGGAUACGCUUUGCGCCGUGAGAAUGAUGACCAAAAGGGAUGUUUUCGUCGAUUUGGUGAGUCUUAAAGAAAUCGAGCGAAAAAAAAAUGGAAAGAAAGGAUUCUACUCGUUACUCGUUUUCUUAAUUUUGGAAAGAAUGCGAGAAAAUUUUAUGAAUGUACAAGAAAAAAAAAAUUCAAAUGUCCUUGUUAAGUUGGAAUAUUAUUCUGAUGCUUUUCCAGCCCCGAAUGAUGGAUCUGAUGAUGUACUUGCCAACUUGGGACGGAAAAAUGCCUCAACCAGCGAUUCUGAAGCCGAAACCGCUGUGGACCGGCAAACAGAUUUUCUCGAUGAUCAUCCCCGGAAACGUCAACGUGAUGAGAACCCACAGCACUCAUCCAGACGACGAGGACAGCGGCCCUUAUAAGUACAUCUCGCCUGGCGAUACCAAGGUACGAAUUAUAAGUAACUAGAAAUGAAUGACUCAAGAGAAUGGAAAAGAGAAACUUGCUAUUUUUGUCACAAAAAAAGAAAUUUGAGAAGGUCAAGGGUAUUACCAUGCGCUACGGAAACAAAAACCAUAGUCGUAAAUAUUUUGAAACUUUGAAAUAACUAAGAAAAAAAAAUGGCUUUGAGAACAAAAAAAGGAAGAAGCUUUCAGUAACAUGUUUUAUUUGUCAAACUUUAAUUUUUAAAAAAAGAACGGCUUGUAAAAAAAGCUAAAAGACUAAUUUGUGUAAGUAAUUGUUCUUCCAACUGUCAUCCUGCAUAUAGGUGUUGUAUUCACAUAGGGAAUCGAUGAAAAUGAAAGGAGUUUUUUUUCGUUUAAUGUUUUUUCUAAAUAUGAAAAAUUUGACAAAAAUUAUUUCAGGUCUGGAUUGAGCAUGGUGAGCUCAUUUCGGGAAUCGUUUGCUCGAAAACUGUUGGACGUACGGCUGGUAACUUGCUUCACGUCGUCGCUCUCGAACUUGGUCACGAGGUAGCGUUUCCCACGAAAGUCCGAAGAGGAACUUUUGAUUUUUCAGGUUGCUGCCCAGUUCUACUCACACAUCCAGACGGUCAUCAACGCUUGGCUGAUCCGGGAAGGCCAUACCAUUGGAAUCGGUGAUACGAUUGCCGAUCAGGCCACCUACAACGACAUCCAGGAAACGAUUCGCAAAGCUAAACAGGAUGUCGUCGACGUCAUCGAGAAGUAAUUGAAUACUUUAUUCUUGCUUUUAGUAAGAAAAUCUAGAAUAUAAGCCUGUAGGAAUGGAGGAAUCCCAGAAGAAGUUUUUUUAUGUUUUUCUAGUUUGAAAUAUAUUUUUGAAAUGUUGAUUUUCGAUUUUCUCUUGUUUUUUUAAAUUCUAUUAGAUGUUUUGUUUUUUUGUGACAAGAACAUAUAGGAAAUUUGAAGAAUGAAAUCAAAAACAAACAUGUAUCGAAAAAGACGCUAUUAAUCGAAGUUAAUUUCUGAUUUUCAAGAGCCCACAAUGACGAACUCGAACCAACACCUGGUAAUUCACUGCGUCAAACCUUCGAAAACAUGGUCAACCGAAUUCUGAACGACGCUCGUGAUCGUACUGGUAGUUCUGCGCAGAAGUCUCUGUCUGGUUGGUUUUAAUGAGAUUUUGUCGAAAUCAUCCUUUUUUUUUAUUCUACCUCUGAAAAUUACUUUAUAACCUUAAUUUUUAGAGUUCAACAACUUCAAAUCUAUGGUCGUUUCGGGAUCGAAAGGAUCGAAGAUUAACAUCUCUCAGGUGAGUUUUCUAUUUAUCCCGCAAAAAAAUUGCAUAGAUUAAACGGGUACGUGAAAAUACGUUUUUCAUAAUAAUAUAAUAGUUUUUCUUCUUUAUUUUCAAAUAAUCCGAUUUUUUAGAACAUUUUUGUUCAACAAAAAAAUAUUCUCCAGGUUAUUGCUUGUGUCGGACAACAAAACGUCGAAGGUAAACGAAUCCCCUUCGGUUUCCGGCACAGAACCUUGCCGCAUUUCAUCAAGGACGACUAUGGACCGGAGUCCAAGGGGUAAAAUUUGAAAAAAUGGAGAAAAAAGAGGGAUGAAUUGUUGUUAACAGCUCUUUUUUGAACUAGGAUCUUUUGGAAACAGGUAGAAAUUAUUUUUGAAGGGCUGAUUCUAGAAGCUUUCGUAGGGCUCAUACAAGUAUCGGGAUUCCCUCUUUUUUCUAAUCGCUCAAAUUUUAAUGAAUAGUAAUAAUGUCUAAAAACUACAGAUUCGUCGAGAACUCUUACCUCGCCGGUUUGACGCCCGCCGAGUUCUUUUUCCACGCUAUGGGAGGUCGUGAAGGUCUCAUCGAUACGGCCGUCAAAACCGCCGAAACUGGUUACAUUCAGCGACGUUUGAUCAAGGCCAUGGAGAGUGUGAUGGUCAACUACGAUGGAACGGUUUUUGAAUCGAAAAAUGAAUUGAAUUUGACUGGAUUUGAAAGUUUUCAGGCGAGAAACUCGUUGGCGCAAAUGAUUCAGUUGCGUUACGGUGAAGACGGCCUGGACGGCAUGUGGGUGGAAAAUCAGACAAUGCCGACGAUGAAGCCGACGAAUGCCGUUUUCGAGAAGGAUUUCCAUGUAAUCUUUAAAUUUUCAAUUUUUCCAUUGUGCUUAAGAGUUGGAAAAAAAUCCUUGAGUGAUUAUUUGAUUGAGAUAAUUUGAAUUUCACAAGAAUGGUUUUUUAUUUAGAAAAAUCAAGAUUUUUCAAGAACAUUCUGAAAUACUUUUGAAAAAUUCAUCUGGUGCUGAUUUGAAUUGCGUUUUUUUAGGGAUAUGAGAAUCUUUGUAUGGAAUCGAGUGAAAACAGAAUGAUACUUUUAAUAGAAACUCAUUUACGCAGUCGUAUUUACGGUCUGUAAAUUCUCAUGAGCCUCGGAUAUCUAUUUUGAAGGAAUCCUUACUUUCCUCAUUCAAGCUAUUUUUAAAGUUAAAAUAUUCGGUUGAAUCAAUGGAUUCAUGAACCACAAGCUCUCAAUAGAAAUUUUGCCUUCAGUUUUUGUUAAAAUAUUCAUUUUCAGCUCGAUCUCACGGAUGACAAGCUCGUUAAGAAGUACUACACGGAAAAAGUCGUUAAGGAGCUUCAGGACUCUUCAGAUGCCAUUGAAAAAGUUUGAAUUUCUAUGAAUUUCCCACUGUAUUUUUUUUUAUUCUAGGUGGAAGCUGAAUGGAAUCAGCUGGAGGAAGAUCGAAGAUUGCUCAGGAAAAUUUUCCCGACCGGCGAUGCCAAAGUCGUUUUGCCCUGCAAUCUUCAGCGCUUGAUUUGGAACGCGCAGAAAAUUUUCAAAGUUGAUUUGAGGUUUUUGAGUUGAAAAUUGACCAAUCUAUUUUUACUUUUGUUUAGAAAACCAGUUGAUUUGAAUCCUCUGCAUGUGAUUGAUGGCGUCAAGGAACUGUCGAAAAAGUUGAUUAUCGUCAGCGGUAAUGAUGACAUUUCCAAGCAGGUUAUUUUGGAUGUUUUUUCAAGAUAGAUAGGAAUAUUUUAGGCACAAUACAAUGCUACUUUGCUGAUGAACAUCCUCUUGAGAUCGACCUUGUGUUCGAAGAAAAUGGCUACUUCGGCGAAGUUGAACACGGAAGCGUUCGAUUGGCUUCUUGGUGAGUUUUAGUAAAGAAAGAAGUUCAAAAAAAAAUGAUAAAGGGUACACGAAAGGAGAAAAUAGUGUUUUUUCUGGCUUUUUGAAAUUUUAAUCGGGUAGAUUUGUUCAUCACCAAUAUUCAAAAAUGACUCAUAAAACUUCAAAGUUUUCGAAAUUGCACUAUAAAAUAACUCAGUAAGAAUCAGUCGAUAUAUUAAAUUAACCAUGAAAUUGCUAGAAAUAGGUCGGAAUGGCACACUGACAACCCAAAAUUCAUAUUCAAAAAAAAAGUCGAAAAUACGUCAAUGUGCAAAGUUUGAUUCUGAUGUAACAUAUUCUGAAAAAGUUUCUAAAAAUUCGUUUUUAGGAGAAAUUGAAUCACGAUUCUUGCAAUCAAUCGCUCAACCCGGUGAAAUGGUCGGUGCCCUGGCCGCUCAGUCUUUGGGAGAACCAGCCACUCAAAUGACCCUCAACACUUUCCACUACGCCGGUGUGUCCGCCAAGGUUUUUCAAACUUGUCCAGGCCAAAUAAUUCCCAUUUCUCGAUUUAGAACGUAACCCUCGGAGUGCCGCGUCUGAAGGAGAUCAUCAACGUCUCCAAGCAGCUCAAGACACCUUCUCUGACCGUUUUCCUGCAAGGCGCCGCUGCCAACGAUGCCGAAAAAGCCAAGGACGUUCUGUGCAAGCUUGAGCACACUACUCUUAAAAAGGUACGGAGUUUUGAUGAGAAAAGGAGAAAAAAUAGGAAAAAAAACACUUAAUAGUUAUGGGAUUUGUUUUUCGAUUGAAAAACAGCGUUUUGUUUCAGAAUUCCAUCUUUUUUCGAAACUAAAAGUCGAAAAGUAGCUUUCGAAGUUUAAAUAAUAAGUUUUUUCAAUUUUUAAGAAAGAUUCUCAGAUUAAUCUUCAUUUUGAAUAAGUCGUUGUAUUUAGGUCACGUCAAACACGGCCAUCUACUACGAUCCGGACCCGAAGAACACGGUGAUCGGAGAAGACGAAGAAUGGGUGUCGAUUUUCUACGAAAUGCCAGAUUUCGACGCCACCAAGGCUUCUCCGUGGCUGCUUCGUAUUGAGUUGGAUCGAAAGAGGUUUUUGGAGCUGAAAUUUGAGCCUCGGCUGCCUCUUUGAAAUUUUUUUCUGCCUGCGAAAAAUCUUUAAAUAUCUCUACCGUUGUUUCUUUUGCAGAAUUUUAAGUUUUGAUAUCAGAAUUUGAAUUUGAAUCCAUUUUUUUUUAAAGUUUUAAUAACUGAAAGGUGUGAGCCGCAGUUUGAAUUUUGAUAGUUUCUGCUGGGGAGUAACUUAAGUUUUCAUUUUCACUCGAAUCCGCAAUGAUACGCAACUGACAGAUUAAAAAAAGACCUUACAUUUUCCAGAAUGACGGACAAGAAGCUUUCAAUGGAACACAUUGCUGACCGAAUCCAUUCCGGUUUCGGAAAUGACGUCCAUGUCAUUUACAACGAUGACAACGCCGAACAUUUGGUCUUCCGAUUGAGAAUCGCUGGCGACGAUAAGAACUCCGAAGUAAGAAAAGGAUUACAAAAAAAGUUUAAUUAUUCUUUUUUUCUCAUUCAGAGUCAAGAAGAACAAGUUGACAAGAUGGAGGACGACGUUUUCCUGCGUUGCAUCGAGGCGAACAUGCUUUCGGAUCUUACCCUUCAAGUUGAAAUCAAUGGAGAAAGUAUUUCAAGUGAAUUUUCAGGGAAUCACGGCUAUUGGAAAAGUUUACAUGCACCGGCCGACCUCCGAUGACAAGAAACGGAUAAUUAUCACGCCGGAAGGCGGCUUCAAAGCGAUUCCAGAGUGGAUUCUCGAAACUGACGGAACUGCCCUGCUUCGAGUUCUUUCUGAGAGGCAUAUCGACCCCGUCAGGACCACUUCCAACGACAUUUGCGAGAUCUUUGAGGUGCUGAUUGGAGGGGAUGAGGAAUAUAAGAGAAAGAAAGAGGAUAUGACAGCUCUAAGCUUUUCACAAAAGAAAGAAACCAAUUCAAAUUGAUAAAAAUCAGUUUUUUAAGAGGCUUAGUAAAUUUGAACGAAGUUCAUCCGCGUAUUGGCAUCAACAAAUAAAUUUUCAAAAAUCUUUUUUAGUUUUAUUACAAAAUUUUGAAGCUCACUGGCGUUGUUUCAAAUAGACUUGAGUGAAAUCGAAAAUUUUACAAUUGCACAAUUUCGCAUUCGUUUUCUCAAAUACCUCUGAUCGAUGAUAACUCAUUUUUCCUUUCAGGUUCUCGGUAUUGAAGCUGUGAGAAAGGCGAUCGAGCGAGAAAUGAACAAUGUCAUUUCCUUCGACGGUUCCUAUGUCAACUACCGACAUUUGGCUCUUCUUUGCGAUGUCAUGACAGCUAAAGGUUGAUUUUCGGAUCUAUUCGGAUAAAAUUUCAUCGCUUUUAGGUCAUUUGAUGGCGAUUACUCGUCACGGAAUCAACAGGCAAGAAGUUGGAGCUCUGAUGCGUUGUUCGUUCGAGGAAACUGUCGAUAUUCUGAUGGAAGCGGCUAUACACGCUGAAGUUGACCCCGUCAAGGGUGAGAUGUUCAUUUGAAUGAAAUUAGAAGCGAAUUUUUGAGGAAAACGGGACAAAGUUUGGGUUUGGAAAAUGAAAAAAUCUCGAAAAUAUAACUGGAAAACUUUCUCUCACUAAUUUAACGAAACAGUUUGAAAAGUUUUUUUUUUCUCUCAACAGCUCUUAACAGAUUAACAGACUUAACAGAUUAACAGAUCCACAGAACAGCUGUUAGAUUUAUUUGAUGUUUUAUUUUUUUGUAUUUGUCGUACAGAUUGCGGAAUGGCGAAUAAACAUUUGAAAUCAAAAAUUGAAAUAAAAACCAUUAUGAAAUUGAUAAUAGAAUUAAUGUUGAAGAAGCUUUGCUCAAAUCUCGCUUUCAGGAGUCUCGGAGAACAUUAUGCUGGGCCAACUGGCUCGUGCUGGAACUGGCUGCUUCGAUUUGGUGCUCGACGCCGAAAAGUGCAAAUUCGGAAUGGAAAUCCCGACGAACAUCGUCCUGGGAGGAAUGUUCGGAGGAUAUGCUGCGAACGCGUCGAAGUUCACUUAUCUCUUUUCGAUUUUGACUAAUUUUUUGAAUGUUCCAGCCGCGAAUUCUCGCCGUCACAUUCUCCAUGGAAUUCCGGGGUGACGCCGUCAUACGUUGGUGCUUCGUGGUCGCCGUUGGGUGGAAGCGGUGGAAUGUCGCCGAAUGCUGGGUUCUCACCGGCUGGAAACGUCGACGCGGGUGGCAUGUCGCCGUUCAACGACGGCUCGUGGAGUCCUGCGACGCCCCGAGAUCCACUCGGUGGAAUGACGCCGAGAACUCCGUACGGAGCCUUGUCGCCGGCUGGAUAUUCGCCAACGUCGCCGCGUUACGAGAUGUCUCCGGCGUCGCCACGGUACUCGCCCACCUCGCCGACCUAUUCGCCGACUUCUCCUGCUGCUCAGUCGCCGUCCCCGUCGUACUCGCCGACGAGUCCCAGUAUGAUAACGUCGCGUUGCGCGGUCCAACUGCCUGCUUUCAGGCUAUUCGCCGACUUCGCCGUCGUAUUCGCCAACGUCGCCUUCGUACUCCCCGACGUCUCCGAGUUACAGUCCCACGAGUCCAAGUAUGCUUUAUAAGAAUAUAAUGAUUUUGGGAUAUGGCUAUUCUAAAAGCUGGAGAUUUUCAGUUGAGCUUUUCAGAGAUCGCAGUUUAUUAUAUUUUUCCUUUUUCAAGGGAAAACUUCUGGAAUUCAACGAGGAAAGUAUUAAAUUUGUUAACAUCGUUUUUGAAAGAGUCGCUAAAAAUCAUGAGAAAAUGGUUACUCUUGUCCAAAAAUUCAUAGAAACAUGAUAGAUAUAAUCUUUCUAAUUUAUCUUUCAUCCCAACCUAGUAAGAAUUCUCCAGGCUAUUCGCCGACUUCUCCGUCCUACUCGCCGACGUCACCUUCGUACUCGCCGACGUCGCCGUCUUAUACUCCAGCCAGUCCUCAUUAUUCGCCGACUUCCCCCACCUACAGUCCGACUAGCCCAACGUACUUGACAACUUAUCAUCCAAAAAAAAAAGAAACAAACUUCAGCUAUUCGCCGACUUCACCGACGUACUCGCCAACGAGUCCUUCAUAUUCGCCGACCUCGCCAACUUAUGACAACUACAGUCCAUCGAGUCCUAGGUAAAGAGAAAUAUUGGAGAGAAAAGGCGGAGAUACUAGGGAAGUACUGCGGAAGAUUUCUUGAUAAAAAAGGCCGCGAAGAAAAUAAAAUUCGAACGAAAGUAUAAGAGCUAAAAGUUAAGGAGUAGUGAGAAUUUCUCUAAAGUUUCAAUUUUUCAUCUUUUAAUCGUAAUUUGCAUUCAGAUACUCGCCGACGUCACCGUCUUAUUCGCCCACGAGUCCGACGUAUUCGCCGGUGUCACCACAGUACAGUCCCAGCAGUCCGCAAUACAGUCCGAGCUCACCACAGGUUGCGAAUGAGAUUUUCGUUCUUAUCUUUCAUUUCCUCACUUCUAGUACUCGCCAUCGAGUCCUCAAUACACGCCGUCGUCGCCGAGAAUGGCGUCACCGACGUAUUCGCCGUCUUCGCCGCAGUACAGCCCAACAUCGCCAAUGUACACGCCGAGCUCGCCCCACUACUCGCCGUCGUCGCCACAGUACUCGCCGAGCUCGCCGGGUGGACCUUCGUCCCCGACGGUAGUUUUUCUUCCGGUACAACUGGCAAUUAUAAUGAUUGUUUCAGUAUUCGCCGUCGUCGCCGCAAUACGCUCCACAGUCGCCACAGUACAGCCCAUCUUCUCCGCAGGUAAAAAUUGGGAUGAGAAAAAAAAAAUAAACUAGGAAGAAGUCCCAACAUUCAGAAACUCGCUAUGAUCAUUUUUUUAAUAAGACCAUUUUAAAAACUGGGUGGUACCGAUUUAUUUUUAAUAUAUAUAUUUUUCUUUUAUCAACUUGUGGGUCAGAAAUAAUUGGAUUUUUAUCACUUUUUCAAUUUGUGUAACGUAAAACUUCUCAUUUUAUCGAAAAAUCAGUAUCUUCUCAUCAAUCUUUUUUUUGCAGUAUUCGCCGUCGUCGCCGACCUACGAUAGCCCACUCCAAUUGAAAAAGAUUGCAACAAUCUUUAAACUGUUGUUCUUUUUGCUAUGUUCUUGUUGUUUGACCAUCUUUUUCUGGAUAUUUAAAAAUAUGUUCUCCAUUUUGAUUAUCCGAGUGUUUCACUCCCACUUAUGUGUAAAUUAUGAAACGUUAAGACUGGUAUUUGCCAACCUCCUGGCAGCGUCCUUCCCCACAUUUUGUUUAUUAAUGUAAAAAUAAACUUUGUUGUUUUUGAACGGAUUUGGCGAUUUAGAAAAGACAAUGAAAGUUUUUUUGUUGUUUGAUUCUUUUGAAUUUUUCUUCGAAGAAAGCGAAUUACCAUUGUUAACACUCAAGAAUAUUGAAAAAAAAAAAUCUGCAUAAAAUAAAUGCUCAUUAUUAAAGGCGCAUAGUGCUCCUGACCUAACAUUUUAUGAGGCGGAGGGGAGUAUCGACGCGUGGUACUGCGACGCGUACGCGUCACGCCCUUCCCGCAUUUUUGUCAGUUGCUGUUUUUGCUGUCGCGAGGGUGAGUUGCUCUUACUCGUUUUCUGUUUUUCCCCACAUUCGAUUCAUUUUCACUUUUAUUCUAUCGUAUCGUUGUGGCAAUUGAAUUUUUAGCGGAGAAUAAGUUAACUUACGUUAAGUAACUUAUGCUGUGCGUUUUCAAUUGCCAGUUAAUGGCAUGAUGAGUGUAGUCAAUAGUCGCGAGAUUUGAUCAGUUUAUUUCAGUGUUCAACGUUCACAUUGUCAAAUAGUUUCCGGAUAUCUUAUAGGUAGAUUACCGUUGUGAAGCUAGCAAGUCACUAAGUUAG